AUGUUGUGCUUGUUAGGUGAUAUAUAUGUAGGGAAGUCAAAUGUUGCAAACUUGCAGUGCAUGCACUCUUUUCUAACAUUUUUAUUGUUUGAUGACAAUGAUGGUGCUGCUGCAAUUGUUUUAGUGAGUGGAAAGAAGGCACUAGAGCUUGGGUUAGAGGUGAUUGCUAAGAUUAGUGGUUAUGGAGAUGCUGCUCAGGCUCCAGAGAAUUUUACGACAGCUCCUGCCCUCGCAAUACCAAAGGCCAUUUCUCAUGCAGGCUUGAAUGCUUCCCAGAUUAAUUACUAUGAGAUAAAUGAAGCUUUCGCUGCAUGUGCUCUUUUUCUUUGUCAUGCUUGAAGCUAUGAGCAACUGUCAUAUUUUAAUUAAUCUUCUUCUGACAUGAGCAGGUUAUUUCUGUUGCGAACAUGAAAUUGCUUGGACUUUCUGAG